UAAACGAAGUUCGCAUCAUCAGACCAAUUGCAAAACAUUUCCUUAAACUCUACGAUAUCACUGGAUCUUUGUAUCGCAUUGCACAAGCACAUAACAUUAGUUAUUGCAUAUCUCGCCGUGUCUGUCCAUGGAAAAUUGUCAUUAGUGUGUUGAAAAAAUGCAUACAUUUGUUACGAUGCAUACAUUCUUACUCGUUGUGAGCGCGGUUCUAGUAGCUGAGGUUUACAGUGCACCGACAAUGCAGAACAAUGCUGGUAAAACGGCAUUCAUGAUUGCCAAGAGGGAUACUGAAAAGGCUAACCUUCUCAUGGACAACACAGACGACGGCAAGGAGGAGGAGGAGGAUGAUGAUGAGGAGGAGCCCCAAAAUCCUCUGGUGACGCACAUCCUGGAGCAAAUCCACAAAGGUCACGUGACGCAGGAUCAAAUGAGGCGCUGGUGGUUCGAGAUCAAUUCCGCCUUGGCACAUGGUCGCAUGACCCGGGAGGAGUACGACUUCAUGAUGAACGUCCUCAAGAGCAGCGCUUCCGGUUCCCAUGUAAUUCCGGACGCUUGUUGCGUGUUUGGCAAAUGAUGGCCAUUGCUGCGUGCAUAUGUUGACCAAUGGUGUCCAUUGUUGCGUAUUCGGUAAAUGGGAAAACAUGUACUGUGUACUUCGGCAAGCAUGACUCGAUGCAACAUGUUGCAUAACUGUUAUUCAUUAUUUUCUUUGCUGUAAGAUUUUUGUUUCCAAUUUAUUUAAACAAAAUCAAUUAAUAUCACGUUCGUAUAUAUGUAGGCUUCUUUUGAAUAACCGGUAGUUGACAAUAUUAAGAGGGACAUUAUACAACAUUCACACUACAUAUGUGAAGUACGUGUAACGUGUAUAGCCUUUCUAGAUAUCUUCAAUUUAAUAAAAACUUUAGCCCGAA